CGUCGUCAACAACGACAACAACGUCGUCAACGGUUAUGGAAAAUUUUACGAGUCGACGUCGGCUUCGGCGUUGCAGUAUCAGCCCUUGCAACCGUUGCUCGUCGAGGUUCCACCGGAGGAUCGCGAGGAGCUUUUCAAGCUAAAGCUCAAGCAAUGCUGCGUACUGUUCGACUUCGAGCUCGAUCCGCUCUCGGACCUGCAAUGGAAGGAGAUCAAGAGGAACGCCCUCCAGGAGAUGGUCGACUACGUGUCGAAAAAUCGCGGGGUCAUCACCGAGGCGAUCUAUCCAGAGGCCGUCAAUAUGUUCGCCGUAAAUCUGUUUCGCACACUGCCGCCUUCACAGAAUCCAAACGGUGCGGAGUUCGAUCCGGAGGAGGAUGAGCCUACGCUCGAGGUAGCCUGGCCACAUCUCCAGUUCGUGUACGAGUUCUUCCUGCGCCUACUGGAGUCGCCGGACUUCCAGCCGUCGGUGGCCAAGCGCUACAUCGAUCACAAGUUCAUCCUGCAGCUGCUAGAGCUCUUCGACUCCGAGGAUCCUAGGGAGCGCGACUUUCUCAAGACAACCCUGCACAGGAUUUACGGCAAAUUCCUGGGGCUGCGGGCCUACAUACGCAAGCAGAUCAACAACGUGUUCUAUCGGUUCAUUUACGAGACCGAGCACCACAACGGCAUCGCCGAGCUCCUCGAGAUCCUCGGCAGUAUUAUCAACGGCUUCGCGCUGCCCCUCAAAGAGGAGCACAAGACCUUCCUGCUCAAGGUGCUGCUGCCGCUGCACAAGGCCAAAUCGCUCUCGGUUUAUCAUCCCCAGUUGGCCUACUGCGUGGUGCAGUUCCUCGAGAAGGACGCCUCGCUCACCGAGCCCGUCAUCAAGAAUCUGCUCAAGUUCUGGCCCAAGACCCACUCGCCCAAGGAGGUCAUGUUCCUCAACGAGCUCGAGGAAAUACUCGACGUCAUCGAGCCGGCGGAGUUUCAAAAGGUCAUGGACCCUCUCUUCAGACAGUUGGCCAAGUGCGUCUCCUCGCCACACUUUCAAGUGGCCGAACGAGCUCUUUAUUAUUGGAAUAACGAGUACAUUAUGUCUCUCAUAUCGGAUAACUACGCCACAAUUCUACCGAUAAUGUAUCCAGCCCUGUACAGAAAUUCGCGCAAUCAUUGGAACAAAACGAUACACGGUCUAAUUUACAAUGCUCUCAAGUUAUUCAUGGAGAUGAAUCAGAAGGUGUUUGACGAGUGCACAAAACAGUACGAGCAGGACCAGCUGAAAGAACGGCAAAUGCUGCAAAAUCGAGACGAGGCUUGGACGAAGGUGGAAGCCUUGGCCAUGAGGCAUCCAUCUUACUCCAACAAAAGCGGGGUACCGAACAAUAAUCCCUUCAUAAAUCCGCUUAACAAUUCGGCGACAACCGAAGACGAUUGCGACAAUGCUCUUACGGCCGAAAAAAUCGAAGCUAAGGCCAAUGAAGUAAGUGCACAAAAUGUAAAGAAGGUGUCGAGCGUAAACAAAGUUAAGCAGCUGUUACGAAGGAAAAGCGAGUUGCCGCAAGAUUCGUAUACGAUUCGUGCACUCUCGGAUCACAAACGAGCGGAUGAGUACCUAGUUACACCGCCUGAUCCAAACAACUGCUAGUCUCUGCCUCGCUCUCUUCCAGAUUAUUUUCUAAUGCGCAACUACAAGGUCGAGAGUUAGUGAAAAAGUAAUUCAUAAUAUACUCAACUCGAGCCCGCCAGUGUGCGUACUGCAGUAUAUAUUAUAUAUUUAUAUGUAUUAUAUAUAGGUAUUUGUGUCUGAAUUAAAAAUUAAUAUAAGGAAAAAAACAAGAAUGAAAAGAAAAAUAUGUGAAAGGGAAUGCGAAAGAGAGAGAAAUGAAGAGACUCGUGACGGGCAUCGUGCGCGUAUAACUGUUAAAGUAUAUAGCUUAUAAUUCAUGAUGGAAUUUAGAAAAUUCAUGAAUUUAACGUAAAUGAGUGAGAGAAUUGCGGUGUGUGACUGUAAUAAUAAUUAUACACGAACAAAAUAAUUUUUAUUCAAUUUUUUUUUGUUGAUUCAAGUGUUUGGUCAGUUCUACGAAUGAUUUAAGAGACAAAAUAUACAUAAAUAAACUAACAAUAAUCUUUGUAUAACACCUGAAACGAAACGAUUUUUGUAUUAGGACAACGCGCCCUCAGAUAAAUACAAUUUUUGUAUGAUAAAAAAAAUUAAGAGAAUGUGCUUCGCUUUCUUAUCUGUUUCAAAGCGAAAAUAAUAUAGUACAGCCAAGUGAGAAACAACCAAGCGUUGUCCACAUAGCAAAUUUUAAUAAUAUAUCAACGUGACACGCGUGUUAUGACUAUACAUAUGAGAACAGUGAAACGCCAGUCGUUUAUUUUGCCUUGCACGAUGACGCUGAUAUUUCAUUUGGCAUGUUAUUUGCUCUUGUGUUAAUGUCGUUCCAAAAUUAAAUUAUAUAAUAAUAUAUAUGUGCAUAUAAACAUGUAAACAAUAUAGCAGGCAGUUAACUUUAUAAACGUUAUUGUAUAUCCGUUGUGCCUCUAUUGAAAACAAAAAAGCUUGUCAUAUGCAAGAAUUUCAGUUAUUUCGUAUAAAAACCAUUGUACCUCAUCGUGACAGUUGCCGAUUGGUCCGUCGAUUAUUCGAUGGAUUUUCGAUGAAGAUUCAAGGCAUGAAUUAAUGAAUAUUCGAAACUGUCAUAUCUUUAUUGUGAAAAAGGGUAAAUUGAAUGCAUAAAAUAAAACAUAUUUAGUAUUGCAUAAAUUUUGCGCUGCUGGCAGACUGCUGUGUUAUUAUUGCUGAUACUUAAACCUUGUUAAACAUAAAAUAAUAAACUUUUAGCGGAAAUGAAAAUUUUCAAUGAUGGAAUUGAAAUAUUCGAAAUUGGUAUGAUGAAACUAUUUGUAAAAAAUAAAUAUAUCUGCUAAAAGUUGAUUAUUUGUAAAGAAAAGUGCUAAAAUAACGUUCAGUAUGAUGAUUUAAAUGUUACUAUUAUAAGCAACAAAAUUUGCAAAUAAACAGUGUACAGCAUUGAAUGCAUAACUUUCAUCAAAGGAGGAAUGCAACUGCAAUAUCUUGUUUACCUAACAUACUUUCAUCUGCAACUAACUUUUUUUGAAAACUGGCGAAGACACUUUUUAAUGUAAAUUAAUUUAAAUUAUUGAGCAGUGAUUUAUAAAAAUUUGCCUUUUUUGAUAAAAACAUACAUUCGAGUUCAAUGACUCAUUGAGACUUUAAAUGUACUGAGUG